AUGCUCCCCAAAGUCGCGACGCAUCUUUUGCACUCGACGACUCGUAGUGCGGCUGCUGCAGUCCACAACCAGACGAGUACGUUGAGGAAUGUGUUCCAGGGUGGUGCUUCAGGUCCCUCUGGUGCUGGCGCGUCCGGCACCAAGUCCAAGUCAACUGCAGGACCCUCGAAAUCGAAACCGGUCGCUGCCAAACCUACGACUCCGGCACCCUCCAAAGCUGUUAAACCAGUUACUAUCGCGCUUGUGACCGCCUCUGGCUCGUCGCUUGCCUCCCCUGCCGCCCCCACCGCUUCGUCGUCAAGCUCGUCGACCAAGUCUCAAGACUAUUUUACCGGUGCGAAUCCCAGUGCGCGUGCCGAGAACUCGAACGCUGGCAACAACGGCCAAGGACGAUCAAGCUCAGGGUCCAACGGCGGUGCGAAAAAUCCGAAAGCGGGUAGGCGCUUCUACACUAGCUAUAACAGCGCCUCUCGAGCCGUCACCCAAGCCAAUGCGAUUAUCGUUACUGAAGAUGUUUCUGGGCUAUCAUCCCAUGAAGAUUCGCAUUCACUUUCAUCACCGCUAUCCCCUUCCGCCUCCCAGGAAUCUCGUCGGGCAUUGCUCAAGGCAUCAUCCUCAAGCGCUAACGCCAGCGCAUCGCAACGCCGCACCAGGUUGAGGAGUUCGAGCGUCAACACUCUCUUGCCUCGAAACGAGAAGGAUCAGGAUGGAGCGAGCCCCGGCGUGAUGGAGAAGAUCAGCGUGCUAAAGACUGUGCAGCUCCAGGCUAGGUCGUUGCAUGUGCUUUCCGCCGCGGCUACAAAGGCUGCUACCGCGUCUGCGGCCCAACAACCUCCCACUCCAACCUCCUCUGUAUCCACCUCGAACGCCGCCGCCCCUGGUGGCGAGGAGCUUACAGUUCAAGUGGAGGUGGAGACUGAGGGGGUUGAGAAGGCUGCAGUUAGCGCCGAGGCUACUCAAUCUCAAUCACCACCCUCGCCUCGACGACCCGCCUCUCGCUCCGCUUCCCCCCUCCCCCGAGCUCGCUCCCCUCUGAGAAGAAGAAACUCGACGUCUUCUGUUCAACAGUCUCGACCCGCCUCACCUCUCCUGUUCGCUGAAGAGCCAACUCAAGUCGAAGUGCAUCUCGCAAGGAGGAACUCGACUGCCUCUGCUCCUAUUGACGCUCAGGCCAAGGACGCAAAAGAAGCUCCGGCUUCACCAGCAGCUACGCCCGCCUCGCCCUCCAUCUCGGACGCCUCUGCCUCUGAGGUCUCUGAGGCUCAGUCGACCUCCACCAAGGCUACUUCUGUCGCCGAGGAAGGGCACUUCCAGUUCAAGGCCACCUAUACCCACCACGGCACCCGAAUCAAGGAGGCAAAGGACAAAAUUGAGGCUAUCGAGGCAGUCAGGGCGUUGAUUGACGCCUCCAAUCCGCCCCAACAGGACCUCCCCACCACCGUCAGGUCACGCUACGUCUGGCCCACGACGGCGGACUACAACCAGGGGAUCCAAGCCUUGCUGCAUUACCGUGCCGAAGGCGAGCCCAUCGUUGGCAUCUUGGAGCUCUACGAGACGCUUAUGCGACAGAGCGAGCGACCGGGCGCGGCCAUCAGGCCCAACGCGCGGACCUACUUGCUCCUCAUCGAUGCCUUCACCAAGCGGGACUGGGAUAUUCACAGGAUGAUUGUCGGUCUCAAGGCUAACCAGCGGAACCGGGAGGUGAGGACGAGCGCCGAGAUGGAGGUUGACCAAGCACAAGCCCCCGAGCUACGUCGCAUCCAGUCCUUGACUGCGGAAGCUGAGAACAACUUCCGUAGCGCACUCAGACUCUUCGACGCCGUUAACGAGGUUACGGAUGGGUUCAACAUUCCGGACCUCACGUUGUUCAAGGCGUUGCUGAGGACGUGUGCCACCCAUGGGAACGUGCGCGCUGCGUUGAAGGUGUUUGGUGAGAUGGAGUCGAGGCUGGAGAAGGGCACGUAUCUUGACGCCGAAACGUACAAGUACCUCCUCCAGGCGUUCACCAACGCUGGAGACUUUGAAGGUGCUGAGAAGGUGUUCGAAGGGUUCAAGCAGAAAUGGACCGAUGGCCAGAUCUUCCAACUCACGGACGGCAAGGUCAGCAUUGCCAAACGGAUGCAGGUGCAGAUGUGGAACCAGAUGUUGGAGGCCUACUUUAGGAAGGGCGAGCCUGAGAAGGCGGUCGAUUUGUUGGAUUCCAUGCUCAAGGCCUCUACCACUCCAGCCACCGACGACGCUUCGACCAGCGCGCUUCCUUUGGUUCCCUCCCCGGCCAGCUCGACGUUCACCACCAUCAUCGGCGGAUUCAUCAAGAUGGGCGAUGUCUCGACUGCAUAUCUCUGGUUCAAACGGUUACUUCAGGAAAACGACACCCCUCACGACGAUCCCUUUGUCGGUGCUGUUGAUGGACGUGCCAUGAAGCCCGAUCAGGUCGCCUGGACGCUUAUGUUGGACGGACUUGCUACCGCUGGGAAGGUCACCGAGCUCAACGAGACCUUUAUGCGAUUGGUACAGGGUACUUCGGGAACUGGUAGUGCAGUCAAGGGUACUGGUGGCACUGAGGAGCCCAUGUCGCUCGACGGUGUCCGGGUCCUCAGGUCGUACAGGCACCUCGUCUACCUCGCCAACAUGGACUGGUUGAAGGACGCACCGACUUCGACACCCGAAGAACUCGAAUUCGUCAUGCAACGGUUGGACUUUUUGAACUCUACGGUCAUUCCUCAAGCUCCCUCAGCCUCGCCCCGCCACUGGGAUUUCGGCAAUCGUCAAAUGGUCGAUGGUCUCGCGGCCAUGUACGUCAAGUACGGCGCGUUCGAGAAGGGCUUCGAUGUCAUGAACAAGUUUAUCGGCGAGUGGCUUACGCUCUUGAACCGGGCGGAGCGCACCGACGAUUUGUGGCAGGGACCUGAAGGACCGGCUGGUGUUGUUUUGGAGGUUCAGAAUAUGGCUUUGGGAUUCUGGGACAGGUGCGCUGAGGCUCUCAAUGCGCGCGAGGGGGCCAUGCUUCCUUGGAACGUCGCCAUUGGUCUGGCGUUGUUGAAUGCUGAGAGCCUUGGUUUGAAGAUCACCCCUGACCAAGCUGUUUGGUUGUUGGCUUCGUACACCACCUAUGCUGCAAACGAGCCUCUCGCACCAGAGGUUGCUCGUCUCCUGCUCGGAUGCUCCAUUCACGUUGAGACUGCCGGUAUUGCUUACACGUGGCCCGCCAGCCUGUUGACCAAGGAAGGUGGACUGACUGCUUCGGUUCUUCAACACAUCGCGUCCAAUGGUAUUGCUUUCGACGACAACCUCACCGACCUCCAGACCCGACUCGACGCUGUUGACGUUGUCUGCCGUGGACACAACCUCGAACAGCGACGACCGUUCUUCACUCACCUCGGACCCAGCUACGCCCAGGCUUUCGAACAGCAGGUCGCCUUGCGCUAUGAGGCAUUGAAGAACCAGUUGGAAGAGGCUGCUCCCUCGCAACCAUUGAUGGCCCAGCAACCCGAGAGGAUCGAUAUGGAAGCACUCCCGCAGAUGACCAAGAGCUACGGUGCCCUCACUCAACACGCCAGUCUCAGCCGCGACGUCGACCUUUCCCUCAAGAACAUGUCGCUUUCUACCGAAGAGCGUGCUGAACGGGCGUACCAACUUUUCCACACUGCCCUCGAGACUCGCCAGGUUGUCCCCCAUGUUCCCAGUCUCAGUCGGUUGAUUCAGGCUUGUGGACGCUUGGGCCAGCUCGAGCGUGUUCGGGAGGUGUACCAUGUCGCGCAGAUGAUGAUCACCAACCUCAGGCACAAGAUGAGCGAGGCGAAGAGGAAGGAUUUGUGGGUUAUGGUUGAGGAUGGGAUGAUUAUCGCUCUUGCGCAUGCCGGUGAUGUUGAGGGUGCUCAUGUUCAUCGACGAAGGAUUUUGCAGUAUGGUGGUGCCAACGAGAUUGCUGCGACUGGAAGCAAUGCUCUCCCGUGGGCUGCUCCUAGUGCGGACGCUUAUGGUGCUCUCAUCCUCCAUAUCAAGGACACGACCGACGAUGCCACCAAUUCGCUCAUGCUCUGGAACGAGGCGAUGCGCGUUGGAGUCACCCCCAACUUGUAUCUCUUCAACAACAUCAUCUCGAAGCUCUCUCGCGCUCGUAAAGCCGACUACGCCCUCGAGUUGUUCCACACUAUGAGAGAGCAGGGUAUCGUUCCCAGUUCGAUCACGUAUGGUGCGGUCAUUGGUGCUUGUGCUAGGGUUGGGGACGUCGUUUCGGCCGAGACGUUGUUCCGGGAGAUGGUUGAGCAGACCAAUUUCAAGCCUAGGGUUCCUCCGUACAACACCAUGAUGCAGGUUUAUACGACUACGAAGCCGGAUCGGGAGCGUGCGCUUUGGUACUAUGAGGAGAUGAAGAAGGCUGGCGUCCAUCCUACUGCGCAUACCUACAAGUUGCUUUUGGACCUUUACGGAUCGGUUGAGCCUCUCGACAUUGCUUCGAUGGAGCGUGUCUUUGAGGAGCUCAAGCGAAACCCGCGCAUUCAACUCCAAGGCACCCACUUUGCUUCGCUCGUCAAUGCUUACGGCUGUGUGCUCAAGGACCUCGACAAGGCUAUCGCGACCUUCGACUCGAUCCCCUCUCACCUCGUCAAUGGCAAGCCUCUCAUCGCCGACGCCGUCGUCUACGAAGCGAUGGUCAACGCGCUGGUGGCUAACAAGCGUACCGACCUCAUCCCCGCCUUCAUGGAGCGCAUGUCGCAAGACCAGGUCCACAUGACGGCUUAUGUCGCCAACUUCCUCAUCAAGGGCUACGCGAAUGUCGGUGAUAUCGAUCAGGCCAGGUCUAUCUUUGAGAGCAUGAGCGACCCUCCUACUGGUGUUGCUGCGCCGAACAACCAUGCUCCUCAUGAUCCUUCGGCUGCGGGCGAGAGUGUUGGUGUGAUGGAACCGGUUUAUAGGGAGCCUUCUACUUGGGAGGCGAUGAUUCGUGCGGAAUUGGGUGUUGGGAAUAGGGAUAGGGCGUAUGAGUUGUUGGAGAGACUUAAAGUUCGACAAUAUCCCGAGGCUGUGUUCAACAGGAUCAGUGGUGUAAUGGUUGACCAUUCCACCGUGGUGUUGCCAUGA